UUAGUGUGCCCGUGUAUUUCGUGCUGUAGAGACCGUUGUCGUUGUUUACAGAUGAUUGUGUUUAGUUUAUUAUGUUGAUUUCAUACCGAUAAUUUGACAUUGAAAGUGUUCUUAGAUAACAAUAAUUGGACUGUGAUAUUGUGUUUGUGAUUAUAAAGCCAUUGGAUUUGAUCUUGUGUUUGAUUAAUUUUCAAGAUCGCGUGUUUCGUUGCCCGUCGCAUAGCAGGCCGAGUAAACAAACGACUAUCGACGAAGCCGAAGCUCAGGGAUAGCUCACCAGUUUGGUCGCGCACAAUGCCGUGAUCGUUCUGGGAAGGACCAUAGAGGAAUUGACAUUACCGCGCGAUUUUCGAUCACAUUUUCCGGGUGGCUCUUUUUUUCGCGUGUGUGCAUCAGUGACUAAAGGACAUUACAAAUGAUCAUGGAGAUGACGAUGCCAAACGACGCGGCGGUGGGCAGAUGGUACGAGUCCCAGAGGACCGGUACCACGGGCAGUCCUGGACAGGGUAACCUGGAAUGUGGUGCUAGCGUAGACAUUAACAGUAGUGUGGCUGAACACAUGGGCGCGUUCUUCUUGGACCCAUCGGGCAGCCAGAGGGCCAGGUAUUAUCACCAGAGUAUGCAUCCAACCUACGGAUCUGUGGCUAGUCAUGCCUCUCGCAUGUCGUCCGGUCAGAUGUGCCGACCACACUUCCACACCCCCCUGCCACACUGGCUGGCAGACUCCAAACCCCUGGCGCACUCAGGACCUUGGGUGCCCUUCGGAGGCGGCGACCCAGACAAAUCCCAAAGCCCCAGCUCUGCCCCCUCUCAACACCACAAUCUCUUCGCAUUCCCCCCCACCCCACCGAAAGACAGCACGCCGGACUCAGUAGCGCCGUCAGCCGGCUCGGAGUACCAGAGCGCAGUGGCGGCGGCGAUGGGAGCCUUCAUGCACGAGAACCCCCAGAGUUGCGCGUUGGACAUGAAGCCUUCCUCGGGUUCCGGUUCAAACAAGCAGCGCGAAGGUAGUGACUAUGAAGGGGGCUCAUCCGGCAUGUUCAAUGGUAACUUUGAAAGUUCGUAUGGGUCUGCGUAUGGCCACGGUAUUCACGGGGCUGCGUAUUCGCCUCAGAACAAACCACAUUUGACUGCCCAAGGUGCCCAGUCACCCAAUAAACCUAGAAACAAGUCGAGAACCAGCGCCGAGGGAAGGGAGUGCGUGAACUGUGGAGCUACCAGCACCCCCUUGUGGAGAAGAGACGGAACCGGACACUACUUAUGCAACGCUUGUGGACUUUAUUAUAAGAUGAACGGACAGAAUCGACCACUAAUCAAACCAAAGAGAAGACUGAGCUUACAAAGCGCAGCUAGAAGAGCCGGAACAAGUUGUGCAAAUUGUAAAACGACCACGACAACCCUUUGGAGACGUAAUCAAAAUGGUGAACCAGUUUGUAACGCAUGUGGAUUGUAUUAUAAAUUACAUAAUGUAAACAGGCCGUUGACCAUGAAGAAAGAAGGGAUCCAGACUAGGAAUAGGAAGUUAUCGUCGAAAAGUAAAAAGAAGAAAAGCGGAGGUUCCUGCCUAUCCUUAGGAAGCAUGAUGGGAGACAAAUCAGGCUUUGGAGGUGGAGGCUUUGGUGGGGGAAUGUCAGGCAGUCACCAUCACCUGAAUGCAGCCCUACACCCUCACCACGCCAUGAGCCAGUGGUACCACCAUAGCACGCACCCGCAAAGCUUCGUUUCAGGACCUCCACCACCAGCACCUCCUCCAACAGCAUCUUAUCAUCAUCAUAUGAGUUCUCUAUCGGCAGCAGGAUUAGGAUUGACGUCGAAUGGGAUGACUGGCUGGAGAUCAGACUACACGUGAUAAAGUGACCAAAAAAGUGUAUAAAAUGUACAUAGUUGAUAUAACUCGUAGGUAUUAACGAUUUUCACUGUUCAUUGAUAAUUUUCUGCAUAUUAAAAUGAAUUGAAUCUAAAGAAAUAUAAAAAAAUCACAUCAGCGUUUCAUACAUUUUAAAACUUUCGAUUAUUGUGAUGUUCAAAAAUUUGAAAACUUUAAGUGUAUAAAAAUCUUUUGUUCGAUAUAAUUUCAAUAUCCACAAUAUCUGCAAUUUCUUUGGAAAUUUCAAUAUUGGAGUUAUACAAAGGAUAUUAAAUUUUUUUUCGAAAAAAGUAUUAUUGCAAGAGGUGUGCAAAAUUCAAAGCUGAUGAGUUAUUGAUUAUUAAUAUUUUUUCAAUAUAUAAUGUAUCUCUGGCUGAAACUGUGAUAUGUACAACCUCUAUAUAAUUGUACAAGUAUAUAGAAAAAUAGUAGUUAUUAAAUUCAACAACAAUGUGGCCACCGAUCUAUUUUACUAUGCAGAUGAUAUCAAGACCAGUGGAAAUCAUGUUUCAUAUAAUGUAAAAAAUAUUAUGAUCGUGAUUGAUAGAACUGAUAUGCAAAUUUUGAGUGUUAAUUGGAUAAAAUUUCAAGAAUUUGCGAUCAGGUUUAUAUAUUAUAAAUAUAAGUACAAAACAAUUGUAAUCUAUUGUAAAUAGAUGUUAUUAAAUUAGAAAAAUUUUUUUAACUCGUGUAUAAUUUCCAAAAUGUGCAAUUUUCACUUUGUAACUAUUUGAAAUUAUAACUUAUAUUGAUUCACUGGCACUCAAAGAAUUGAUGACCUAUAAUAUGACGGUGCCCUCUAAAUUAUAUAGACGACCUCUUUUUAUAUCAAAACUCAACUGAAGCGGCAAUUUCAGCCGUACAUAAUAUUCUCCCAAAGAAUUUCAUUAGUAUUUCCAUCUGUUUAUAAAAAAUAUGAAUAAAUAAAAAAAAUUGUUUGGAAUUGAUGAAUUAUGAUUUCAAUAGAAGUACAAAUUUGAAGUAAGUUUUACUCAAUUCUUUAUUUAUUGCUUAAUAAUAGGGCAUUAAAUAAUUCGCCAUUACAUAAUGCGAAAUUUCCAUGGUUGAAUUCCACGAUACAACCAUGGAAAAUUCGUGUUGAACUUUGAAUCAAUUGUAUGAUUUACCUACAACAAAUAAUGUAAUUAAAUAUAUUGUAUCCGUAUAAGUAAAUGAACUGUAAAUAUCGAUGUAUAUGUGUGAAAAAAGUAUUUAAUUGAAUUAA